UUGGAAUGCUCGUUGCAUGGACAGUGUGACCGCGCAAUUUGUGGAAGCUGAUUUCUGGGCUGGACAGGAAACGAGACACCAGAACGCGCAGCAGUCGGUGGUCCUGUCUGAGAAUGGAUGUAGAAACGUGAAUCAAAUGAGCUACUGACCGAGAGGAGUGAUCAAGCCAAGGAUUCGGCACUGGCUGCAGAUUCUGAGAAGACGCAUCUUGUAGCUGACGUAUUGCCUGGGAACUGGAAUUGCCUGUCGGUCUCUCUCUUUCUGAUGCCAUUGUCCCCUGGAAACAGAAAGGGAGCGCAUUAAUAAAAACCCAAACCCAAAGGCUUUCUUGCUGAGCUGUAGCAGUAACACUGUGUUCAAACUCCUAACUGAGCUCCCAGGAAGGAGAACAAAUCCAAAGAUGGAGCAGCUCUCUGAUGAAGAGCAGGAACACGCUGCAGAGGAGGACAGCGAUAAAGAAGAUCAGGACCUGGAUAAGAUGUUUGGGGCGUGGCUGGGAGAGCUGGAUAAACUGACAAAGAGUCUGGAUGACGGAAAGCCAGAGAAAAUGCAGAAAGCUCCACUCAGACAGGAAACCAACAUGGCCAACUUCUCCUACCGCUUCUCCAUGUACAACAUCAACGAGGCUCUUAACCAGGGCGAGGCUGUGGACCUGGACGCCCUGAUGGCGGACCUGUGCUCCAUAGAGCAGGAGCUGAGCAGCAUCGGCAAGCCCCACAGCGGCCCGUCCCGCCUGGGCCUGGGGGGGGAGGCGCGGGCGCGGCAGAGGCCGGCGGGCUGGCGCAGCAGCGGGGGCAGCAGCGGCAGCAACAGCAGCGCCCGCGCCUCCCCGUCCGCCACCCUGCGAGGCGCCGGCGGCCACGCCCGCCCCCUGGCCUCCAACUUCUCCCUGGACGACAUCACGGCCCAGCUGCAGCAGUCCUCGCUGGGCGGGGACGAGGCCGCCGCCCGCCAGAGCCUGCCCUCCUCCUCCGCCUCCGCCUCCUCUUCCUCGGUCGCUCUCUCCGGCGGAGGCGGCGGCGCCACCCUCCGGCGACCCGCCUCCUCUUCCUCCCGCCACCGCCGGACGGGGUCGGCCGGCGCCGUGAGCGACCGCGAGCUCCGCGCCAUCGGCCUGUCCUGCCGCUCCAGCGUCAACUCCGCCUCCAGUGUCAACUCAGCCUCCAGCAUUAACUCCGCCUCCAGCAUGGACUCGCUGGACAAGGUGCUGAGGCCGGCGGAGCUGGAGCGGAUCCCCCCGACCCACGCUGGGGAAGCGCAGGGGCUGCCCAGCUCAGAGCAUUCGUAUCUGGACAGGGAAACCUCGCUCAUUCUGACAAACAUAGCGGGCAAGCCGUCUCACCUGCUGACCAAGGAGGAACAGGCAGCUAAGCUGAAGGCCGAGAAGAUCAGAGUGGCUCUUGAAAAAAUCAAGGAAGCACAAGUCAAAAAGCUGGUGAUCCGGGUGCACAUGUCGGACGAGAGCUCCAAGACCAUGAUGGUGGACGAGCGGCAGUCGGUGCGCCAGGUGCUGGACUGCAUGCUGGACAAGUCCCACUGCGGCUACAGCCCCGACUGGUCGCUAGUGGAGACCGUCAGCGAGCUGCAGAUGGAGCGGAUCUUUGAGGAUCAUGAGAAUCUGGUGGAGAACCUGCUCAACUGGACCCGGGACAGUCAGAACAAACUGAUGUUCAUAGAACGCCUCGAGAAGUACGCCCUCUUCAAGAACCCGCAGAACUAUUUUCUGGGGCGGAAGGACACGUGCGAGAUGCCAGACAGGAACAAGGAGGCUCUGCUGGAGGAGUGUUUCUGCGGGAGCUCGGUCAGCGUGCCGGACAUCGAGGGCUCGCUCUGGCUGAAGGACGACGGGAAGAAGUCGUGGAAGAAGCGCUACUUCCUCCUGCGCGCCUCUGGGAUCUACUACGUGCCCAAGGGAAAGGCCAAGGUGAGCCGGGACCUGGCCUGCCUGCUGCAGCUGGACCACGUAAACGUGUACUACGGCCAGGACUACCGCAGCAAGUACAAGGCCCCAACCGAUUACUGCCUGGCCCUCAAGCACCCUCAGAUCCAGAAGAAGUCCCAGUACAUCAAGUACCUGUGCUGCGAUGAUGUCAGGACCCUCCACCAGUGGAUCAACGGAAUACGCGUCGCCAAGUACGGGAAGCAGCUGUAUAUAAACUAUCAAGAUGCUAUGAGGCGCACAGAGGCAGCCUACAACUGGUCCUCCCUGUCCGGCUCCAGCAGCUUGCCGGAGUCCCACUUCAACCACUCCAGCCAAUCGGACAGCAGCCUGUCGGACGUUGCCGCCCCCGGCCACUCCCGCUCCCAGAGUGCAGUGAGCUCCAUCUUCUCCGAGGCCUGGAAGAGAGGCACACAGAUGGAGGAGGGUCCCCGGGUGCGGGCAGAGUCUAUCAGAGGGUCAUACUCUGCCCAGCUACCCCUACAAGCCUACAGCAGCUACCCCUACAUGCCCUGUCCACCUCCGCCUCCUCCUCCACCUCCUCCUCCCCCAGCCCCGCCCCCUCUGCCCAACCCGUCCCAGCACUCUGCCACCAUGCUGUUCAAGUACAGCACCAUCGCCCGGCUGCACAACGCCUCGCAGUCAGCCAAUCACUUUAAGCCUCCCUCCCUGGUCCAGCCCCAAGCUCCGCCCCUGCAGUCUGUCAAAGCCCACGCGAGUGUGCCCGCGGGCGCCAACGUCCCACCCCCUCCCCCGCCCCCGCCGCCCGCCACCCUGCCCGCCCCCGGCUCUGCCAUGGCUGUGCUGAAGCUGGGAGCCACGAGCCCCGCCCUCCAUCCGUUCACUCCCCCGCCCCCGUCCGCCCAGACGCAGCAGCCGCCGUCCCCCACGCACUUACAAAACAGCGAGCUGCCCCCUCCUGAAACUGACCUGCCCCCUGUCCCACCCCCAUCCGACAGCGACCUUCCUUGGCUCCGCCCCACCCAACCUCCCCUGGCUCCGCCCACAGCUCACAGUGACCCGCCCCCAGGCCAGAGUGAACUUCAGCAGCUGAUGGCGCAGAAGUUUCCCAAUUUGCCCCAGAAUAUUCCCGACCCGCCCCAGGACAUUUCAGCUCCCAUCUGCCCCACCCCUUCACCCCCACCCCCUCCCUCGCCACCCCUAGCCCCCCUUAAAGUAUUCUCAUUCAGCCCCACCCCGCACACGGCCCCCUAUGGAGCUGGCCUCCCUACGUCUCCUGUGUCGCCCCUCCCUCCAGCCCUUUCCCACUCUGCUUCAAUGCGAAAACAGAGUUUGCCCACAGGCCACGGCUCACAUCAGGCCCCGCCCACCCUGCCCAAACAGCACAGCCUCUCUUCUAAAGCCACGCCCACUGCCACCCCCUCCCUGGUGAAGCAGAUCGCUAGCCAGUUCCCCGGGGCCAGUAAGGCCUCGGGGGCCCAGGGCCCCCCGGUGGUCAAAACUAAACCCAAAUGGCAGCCCGGGGGCCAGACUCAGCAGCAGUCCCCCGAGUUUCCCCCCCCUCCCCCGGAGAGCAGUCUUCCUUCCCCCAACGCCUUCCCCGCCCCGCCCAUAGCGCCGGCGCCCGCUCCCCCGCCCCCUCCCCCGCCUCCCCCUCUGCCGCCAUCCGCCGUCCAAUCAGGAUCGCCGAAGAAGUCGCCCACUUCCUGUUCUGCGUCCGGGGCGAAGAGGCCGCCCCCGGCGCCGCAGCGGAACUCCAGCAUCAGGCGGAGCCUGUCGGGUGACCAGGACGGCAAGAAGGUGGAGAGCCUGGUCAGCAUGUUCGCCGCGCCCCCCGCCUCCUCCUGCGCCUCCUCCUCCUCCUCCUCGGUGUCUCCCUCCAGAGAGCUCCUCUCGGGGGCGCAGCCUGGGCGCCCCAAACCGGGCAAGCUCAACCUCUCCUCCCUUCCCCUCGCCCUCCAGCAGAGCCAGUCCGGCUCCGACUUCCCCUCCCCCCCGCCCGAGUUCGAGUACUUCCCCCCUCCCCCGCCCGACUCCGAGCUCCUGCCCCCACCCCCCCUGCCGGUCACCGUCCCCCCGCCCAGCGGGGCCCCCAAAGUGGCCGUGGUCACCCCCCAGCCCCAGACGUCUUCCGCCGCCGCCGCCCCGUCCUGGAACCGGAGCUCGGCCAAGACGCCCCCCCCGGCGCUGCUCCGCCGGAGCACGCCCACCCCCGAGCCCCCGCCCCUGUGCGGCUCCCCGCUGCCCCCCACCUCCCCCAAGGGGAACCUGUCGCUGCAGCCCAACUUCCUGGAGGACCUGAACCGGACUCUGAAGAGGAAGUCGGUCACCCGGCACGGCUCGCUCACGGCCUCCCGCGUGUCGGCGCGGUUCGAAGCCGCCGCCACCGUGGACGACAUGGCGCUGCCGGGGCCCUCCUCCGAGCUGCACGCCCACCCGCAGAAGCAGGGCGGCUGCGCGCCCGCCAACAUUUCCGGCUAUGCAACGCUGCGCAGGGGCCCUCCCCCGGCCCCGCCCAAACGGGACGAGAGCACCAAGCUGACCAAGGAGUGGUAGUGAGGCGGGGGGAAGGGGGGUGGGCUCCUUGUUGUCAGUGCGGGGGAAGUGACCUCAUGUUCUGAGUGUGAAGCGGGGGAAGUGACAUCAUGUUCUGAGUGUGGAGCAGGGGAAGUGACCUCAUGUUCUCAGUGUGAAGUGGGGGGAAGUGACAUGUUCUGAGUGUGGCGGGAAAAGGGAAGUGACCUCAUGUUCUGAGCUUCGGGAGGAAGUGACCUCAUGUCUCGAGUGUGUGGCUGGGGGGAGGAGUGGGCCACUGGGAAACGGAGGCAUUCGACGGCUCUCAUCACAACCCACACAGGAAUGCACGAGAAUACAAUUCUGCAUAUUUCAGCAUAAUUACUACAUUACUACUACUACUACUAUACAAAAAAAAACAACCAAAUCACCUAUCAGCUUUUCUGUGAGUUUGUGCCGCAGUGUAUUAAUUAUAAGCAAUCAACAAAAAAAAAAAGAAGAGAAGAAUGACUAUUGCUGCAAUGUAUUGGUACUGCAUGGACUCCUGUAUAAACAUACUGUAACAUGAGAAGAUGCUUGGGUGGAGGGAGCAGUCAGUGGAGAAUAAGCUGCCUUGGGGGUAUGUGUAUGUUUUGUUUUUUAUAUUAAAUUAUUUAAUAUGUUAUUGUACGGUUUUUAAAACCUGAAGAAUUAGGGUUCGGCCUAUACACACAGACAGUGAGGAAGGUGGAGUCAGUCAUGUGACUGAUUGUGCAGAACUGAGCAUGCUCAAUAGGUGAUGAGGUUGAAAGGGUGGGAAGCACUGUCUGUAAGGCUGGUGUCCUGGAGUCUCUGAAUUGCACAGAUGUGCAAGAUGUCCGUUUUGCUGCAAAGGAGUAUCUUUUGCACUAAAAAACAUCGGUGAGCAACUGGAAAACUAAGGACAUGAUUCUAAUUUGUAUCAGUUUAUUUAAGUUUUAUUUAUUUCUAACGGGCUGUUUUUAUUUAAAAAAAAAAAAAAAAAGAUUUAGCACUGAUAAAAAUAGAAGUCUAAAUAUCAUACCUCUAUGUCCUUGGUUUGCUGGCUGCGCAAGGUGGAUCUGAUGUGAAUUUCAUGCUGCUGAUAUUGCUGCCAUCUGUCACGCACACACUUUAUCGUGGAGAGUGCACUUACACCUGAUGUUUCAUAUUCUCUUUGUGCUCCAGGACCGAGAGGGGAUCCUGGGAGCUUUUCUCAGUCUUAUGCCUUCUCUUUUAGUUCGAGGUGCUAUGUAUCAGACCAUUUAAAUGCUGCAGUUACACUACGGAGCCGCGCGCUGGGAUGUGACAACGGGUGCACAGCUUUCUGUGAGGGGACCAGUAGCCUGGACUGGCCCGGUCUGUACAGUCACAGUGUCCCAGAAGAAAGGCCAGUUUCAGCUGCUGAGAAACAUUCCUGCAGAACCACAUAAACACACAGCAUCAAACAGCACACAUCUAUAUAUACACAUACAGCAUCAAACAGCACACAUCUAUAUAUACACAUACAGCAUCAAACAGCACACAUCUGUAUAUACACGUACAGCAUCACACAGCACACAUCUAUAUAUACACGUACAGCAUCACACAGCACACAUCUAUAUAUAAACAUGCAGCAUCAUAGAGACACACCCAGCAUCACACAAACACACAUCUACAAACACACAUACAGCAUUGCAUAGACACAUCUACAUACACACAUACAGCAUCACACUCACCUCUACAUAUUACACGCAUAAAGUAUCACACAAACAUCUGCAUACGCACAUACAGGACCACAUGCAUUUACAUACAUAUCUGCAGGAUCUUGUAAGCAUCUCUACAUUCAUACCCAUUUCCUUAUUUACUUACAUUGUGAGGACAAAUGAUUUUGUAUUGGUAGAUUAUUACCCUUUUUAAAAUCAAUUAUCUAAGUGAAUUAUGUGAAACAAAAUGUAGCUAUGGAAAUACUCUAUGUAUUCUAGGAAGCCAAAGGGGCUCUUUAAAGUGAAGAACAUCUCUGGAAUAUAUUAAUAAUUGGGAGAAGUAAAAAUAAAAUGUCUCUUGCAUUUAAACCUAUGGUCACAAUGUAACUGUUGAAAUUAUACUUGGUGAUGUCCCAGUGACUCUUGUGUUGCAAGGAAAUGCAUGUCGUUUUUCUUUGUUUUAAAUUCACUGUUUGAAUGAUGUGGGAAUUGGAAAUUUACAUCGUAAGUGGUAUAGGAUUUCUGGAACGGUGGUUACACUAUGAACA